GUAUUGGCUAUUGAACUGUGUGUGUUCGCAUUUCAACUGCGCCGUUACGUUUCGAUGUGUAUGUGAACAAUUCAGUUGACAUAAGUGUGUUUAUUAGAUGGAAAUAAACUAAAACCCACCUUUGAUAUGGAGAUGUUAUGUGUGGUUUUGCACAGAAAUCAAUAAAUGCAUUGAAUACUAUCAAUGUUUUGCAAUUAUCAAUAUGGAGUGUAUAAAUUCAAACAACACGAAAAUUUGUAAUGAUCAAUCAGUAAAUCCCUCUAAAACUUCAGAAUAUAAGAGCAAGGUAUCUAAACAAAGAAAGGCGUGCAAAAAUACCAAACAUUCUUGCAAACACGAACAUGACAAGUGUUCGAAGAAUUCCUGUAAUCCUGAUGUCUUACGAAAUCUUUCAACUGUAAUUCAGAAUUGGAAACUAGGUGAUAAAGCCCCAUCAUACAAAUCAACAUCAACAGUUGAAAAGGUUCUUAAAAAUAUUGAGAAACGUAUCAUUUACGGAAGUGUUGAAAAAAUUCCUCUUGAUUGUCAAGCUGCUGGUGGUGGAUUAGCUUAUCCCAAAGAGUCAAAGUUCAUCUUCCAUUAUCAGAUCCGCAAACUCGAUGAUGAUCAUACUGUUAUUGAUGAUACUCGUAAAUAUGGAAAAACAAUGGAGAUGUAUUCUGGGAAAGAGUUCCAGUUGGAGUUUUGGGAGCAUUGUUUAGGCACUAUGCUACCUGGUGAAGUAUCAUCUUUCAUAGUGCCUGCAGAAAGACUUGCUUCAUUUCCAGCUGUCAAUAAAAAACUACGUGAUUAUAUGUUAGACAAGAAAGAUCAUGCUGUAAAACACUGUUGUGGAUUAAUGGGCUUACAAGAACAAGGCGGUUUAGGCUAUCCAGAUCUUGAUGAGUUAAUGAUGAAACCAGAAUCUCUUGAAUUUAUUUUCGAUCUGAUCAAAGUUGAAAUUCCGGGAACUAAUCGUAAAGAAACAUGGAUAAUGACACCUGAAGAAAAAAUUGCAAUGAUACCAGUUUUACGUGAAGAAGGCAAUAAAUUCUAUGGUCAGGGUGACUAUAGCGAAGCCGCUGCACGUUAUAGUGAAGCGUUAGGGAUUUUAGAACAAUUAGUUUUACGUGAAAAACCCGGAGAACCAGAAUGGAUUGAAUUAGAUAAAUCCCGUAUACCGUUAUUUGUAAAUCUUGCACAAUGUCAAUUCAAAAUGAAAGAUUAUUAUGCUGCAAUACGUAAUACCACUGAAGCGUUAUCUCGAGAUCCGACAAAUAUGAAAGCACUUUAUCGUAGGUCGAAAGCGUAUACAGAGACAUGGGAUUUAGACUUGGCAGCUGAUGACCUACGGAAAUUGGCCAGUUGUUAUCCUGAUAUGAAGAAUACAGUGGAUAGAGAUUUAAAACUGCUAGAAGUAAAACGUGUUGAUCAGGAGAUGAAAGAAAGACAAAAACUUGCUGGGAAACUGUUAGCUGGUUUGAAAUCAGACACAAAUUAAUAUGUCAACUUCAUGUGUGUAUCAUAGUGAUGUAAAUGUUGCGGGAGUCAUGCGAUUUAGAUGAUGCACACCUUGCGUUUAUAUCAGUUAGAAAACAAUGUUUUCCAAUAACUCCUGGGUGUCUGACAAACUGCUCAUCCAAAAGAAAUUCUGAAAAUCUAUUAACAAAUAAGUGCAUUUAUCUUAGGAAAUGUGUACUCACUGGUAUUGUCAAAUACCUCACCGUACGUGUGUGUGUGUGGGUGCCUUUGUGUACAUUACUUCUUUAAUAAACUUAUUAGCAUACACUGUGAUAUGUUUCGUGAUUUCACUAAUAUUAACUUUCAUUUUUCAUCUUUUAUUGUUUUGUUCUUUUUUCAUUUCUCGUACAAAUUGUUUCAUCACACUGCAUGCAUUAUGUUGUUUUCGAUUCGAAAUGUUUUAAACACUAUCCAGCAGAUAAAUAAAUUUCUGAAAUAAGCAUCUGUUGUUUCGUUUCGGCAGCUGAAUAUGAAUUCUAUCGUUGAUUUUUGUUUUCAUUCCCUUUAAUAUAUAUAUUAUACAAUUUACUUGACACACUUCUGUCUAUAUUACUGAUUGUACAACUUUUAUUCUGUGUUGUGCUAAUCAGUGUAAUUCUUUGUGUUUAUUGAUUCAUUUGUUUCUCAUUUAUUAUUUAUUUUAUCUGCACAAAAGUCGUACAGGAUACAUUUUGGAUGAUUUGCUCAUUGUUCGUUCGUUUCACAUUAAUGUUUAUUAGCUGAAUGAGAGACCUAUUGAUUUUUUCUGCUU